UCCCUUUUCUCAACCAAAAUGGCAUCUUCCUAUACCUUCCUUUCCUCUCUACACACUUCAAAUCAAACCCUACCUUCACCAUAAACAAUCCAUAAUCCCCACUCUAUGAAUACACCCUCACUCCACCUCUCCCAAUGCCGAAACCGCAGGUCCACCUCGGCCAACGCCGCACCAGUUUCCCCGUCUGGGUCCUCGCCUUCAUCUGCGCCAUCAUCGCCUUCGUCAUCAUAAUCGCUGGAAUCAUCGUCUUCAUCGGCUACCUCGCCAUCCGCCCCAAAGUUCCCAUCCUCUACGUCCACACCGCCCGCCUGGACGAAGCAGUCUACAACCAAGAAGGCGUGUUUUCCGUCCGGUUAACCAUCAACAUCAAAGCCGAGAAUCAUAACCUCAAAGCACAUGUCAGCUUCUACAACACGAAGCUCUUACUCGUCUACCACGCGCUGAGCAUUGCUCAGCUCGUGGCGGACCCGUUUGAUGUGAUGAAGAAUUCAUCACAAGAGUUGCAUUAUGUGGUGGAGUCAUCGUCUAUUCCGUUGGAUCCUCGGGUGCAGGAUCUGACGGAACAGGCAUUGCAAAACACGCACAUGAUGCCGUUCUCGUUGAAAGGGACCUCCAGGACGAGAUUUCGGGUUGGACCGUUGGGAUUUUUAAAGUUUUGGUUGCAUAUAAAUUGUCAUAUGUGGUUGCCUACUAACAACAGUGUUGUGUACCCGCAUUGUAGCACUUCUUCACAUUGACAGUUUACAAGUUUAUGGAUGAUUCAGUUUCUUGAUGAUAUGGGAAGAUUAGGUUUCUAAUUGGUAAUAAGUUUGGAUCAUGGGAAUGUUUAGUUUAAUAUGGGUUAACACUUGGUUGCUAAAUGUUGUGUAAUUAUUAUUUAAUGCAAUAAUAAUGUAAACUAAUAUACUUGGCUCUAAGUGAUAUGAUUGG